UGUUUGUCCCGUAGCCUGGUAUCAGGUUUCUCUCCACGUUUGAUCCCGACCUCCCAGUCGUCCAUCCCUCACCCCGCCAUCGUCCCCACCGGCGUGAAGCAGGAGCCUUCCUGCAGCGGCCAGCACGAGAAGUCUAUGUCUGACGCUCAGAAGCCCGAGAGGGAAGAGGAGGAGAGGAAGCCGCACAUCAAGAAGCCGCUGAACGCCUUCAUGCUCUACAUGAGGGAGGAGAGGCCCAAAGUGGUCGCUCAGUGCAAAGUGAAGGAGAGCGCCACCAUCAACCAGAUCCUGGGACAGAGGUGGCACUCGCUGACCAAAGAGGAACAGGCCAAAUACUACGAGAUGGCUCGCAAAGAGAGACUCCUCCACUCCAAGCUCUACCCCGGCUGGUCGGCCCGGGACAACUACGGAAAGAAGAAGAAGAGGAAGAGGAACAAGAGCGAGACUCAGCUGGAAGGUCCCGAUGAAGACUUCCCGCUACAGCUGAAGAGACCUCGACCUCCCUCCGAGGAGGCGCCUCACACACACAUCCUGCACACACACACCUCACACACACACCCCCGCUCCACACUCCACACGCAGCCGCACACCACCUCCCACCUCACGCACACACACCUGUCUCAAGCCAGCCCCGCCUCCUCGCUGGACUCGCCGGCGACGCCCACCACCGCCCUGGCCUCGCCCGCCGCCCCGGCCUCCACGCACACCGAGCACACACACUCCUCCUACGGCGGGCACAUGUCUCCGUACGGCGAGCAGCUGCAGCCGCUCUCCCUCACCACCAAACCGCACCGGACCCCUCACCCGCUGAGCCGCACCACCGUCACCCCCGGACCCUCCACGCCCUCCUCCUCCUGCGACACGCCCACCCCGUCACCCCUCAUGGCCAACUCCAGGUGCUCCCCACCUCCUCCUCCGCCUCCUUUCCUAGCCCCGCCCCUCACGUCCUCUCACCAAUCAGCAGCAAGCUCCCACAGUGCCUUAACCCAAUCACAGUCCUUCUCUCUGAGGAGAACCAAUCAGCUGUGAGCGCAGGUUUAACUCUUUGAAUCCUGAAUAAAAACAAUCAUGCCUUGUACCUCUUUUAACGCUGUAAAUAAGCUUCCUUUUUUAAACUUUUUUAUAGACCUGUCACGUUUAUAUCUCCAUGAAAGGACAAAUAAUUGGUCAAUAUUUGACCCUAACUCUAACUUCAUGAAAUGGUGUUUUUCUUUUUUUUGCAAUCUCACUUUUUCUAAGACUUUUAAUGGAUGAUGGACUUGUUGUUGUUGAAGCAGACGGGCACCGGGGUUCUUUAUCUGUUCAGAAAUGUUCUUCUUUUUUUUCCCACCAGGUAGUAACGAGUGUUAAUCUGAGUUCUGCUUCCUCUUCUGUGUUAAUAAAUAUUCACUGAGUUCUCAAAUGUA